AUGGUAUGAUCUAUGUAGUCUGACGAACCUUCACAAAAGCGCAGGAGAGAGGCUGAAAAUUCUGAUUCAGAGGCUGAGGAAGAAAACGUAAUUGACGAUACUUCUAUUCAAGGGAGCGAGGAAAGUGGAGAAGACCUUGAAGAGAACAUGGAGGCGGACUAUAGGGCAAUACCAGAGCUAGACACCUACGAAGAAGAAGGAAUUGACGAGGCAAAUUACUCAGAUAUGGACACUGAUGCAAGAAUGGCUGCAGAAGAAGAACUAAAACAACGUGAAAUGUCAGAUCAAAUUGGACGUGGACGAGGACCAGCAGCUUUCUAUCUAGGAGAGCUAGAAGAAGACAUGAAUAUGGCCCUUAUUUCACGCCACCGUGCUCUGCAGAGGAGCUUAGCGACAGGGCUUGAAGCAUUAAGUAUAGAAGACGACCCAGAAGAGCUAGCUUUGGACUUUGAAGACCCAAAAGGCAAGCUUUCAAAAUGGAUUCAAGAGCCACGCACCCAUCGAUGGAUACGCAGAAAUUUCACUAAAUUUUUAAGCUAUAUCUAAUUGAAUUUUUACUUUUAAAUUUAUAAAUAUUAUCAAUAUUUUUUGAAUAAUAAAUUUAAUAUAAAAAAACAUACUUGAAUUCAAAGAUGAGCACGGGAACGAAAUUUACCACCAGAGAAUCAGAGAAAUGUGUUCUGACAACAAGCAAAGCUUAGAAAUCAACUAUGAUCACAUCUCAAAAGUAAACCCUACCCUCGCUCUUUGGAUAGCUGAUGAGCCACAAAUAAUCCUCCCUCUUCUCAACGAAAUUGCUUUUGAAAUGGUAAAAAAACAGUUCCAAGAGUAUUCCAAUAUUUUCGAAGAAAUCUAUGUGAGGAUCAGAGAACUGCCUAUUGGAGACCAUUUGAGGAACUUAAGGCACCAUCACUUAAAUAGGCUGGUAAAAGUUAAAGGUGUGGUCACAAGAAGGACUGGGGUGCAUCCACAGCUAAAAGUUAUGGUGUUCUACUGCAAUAAAUGUGGAGAGAAAAAAGGCCCAAUUUAUCAGAAUUCUCAAAAUGAAGCUGAUAUAGGAAUUUGUGGAAGCUGCCAAAGCAAAGGGCCGUUUACUCUUGAUUUCGAAAGCACCAUUUAUAGAAACUACCAAAAAAUCACUUUACAAGAAACGCCUGGCUCUGUGCCACCUGGUAGAGUUCCUAGACAUAAAGAAGUAAUUUUGCUUGCUGAUCUAAUUGACAUUGCAAGGCCAGGAGAAGAAGUUGAAGUUGUCGGGGUAUUUACCCACGUUUUUGACUACUCCCUCAAUGUAAAACACGGUUUUCCUAUAUUUUCCACAAUAAUUGAAGCCAAUUCUAUUAUUCGUCAAAGCGAAACUUCAACAGAAAUUUUAACCGACGAGGACAAAUUCGAAAUCAGAAAUUUGGCAAGGAACCCUAAUAUAGGGAAAAUGAUAGUGGAUAGUAUAGCUCCGUCUAUAUAUGGCCACAAAUUCAUUAAAACAGCUUUAGCAAUAUCUAUGUUUGGAGGAAAUCCUAAAGAUAUUGGAGGAAAACAUAAAAUUAGAGGCGACAUCAACGUCCUUGUAUUAGGUGACCCUGGGGUUGCCAAAUCCCAAUUUUUGAAAUAUGUUUUGCAGACAUCUCCACGCUGUGUUUAUACAACAGGAAAAGGAGCUUCAGCUGUAGGUCUGACUGCAGGAGUGCAUAAAGACCCAAUCAGCAAAGAAUGGGUGCUCGAAGGUGGAGCUUUGGUGUUGGCCGAUAAAGGACUAUGUCUAAUUGAUGAGUUUGACAAGAUGAACGACCAUGAUAGAACUUCUAUACACGAAGCUAUGGAGCAGCAGACCAUUUCUAUAUCCAAAGCAGGGAUUGUGGCGACGCUACAAGCUAGAUGUGCAGUUAUUGCUGUCGCAAAUCCUGUGAAAGGAAGAUAUGACUCCUCAAGGACGUUUUCAGAAAACGUCGAUUUAUCUGACCCAAUUUUGUCUCGUUUUGAUAUAGGGAUUUAUUUUAAUUUUUGAUUAAAAUUUUUAGAUUUUUAGAUAUCACAGUUGAAGGUAUUUUAGCAUAUUUUAUGUGUGGUAAAAGACGAGGUUGAUUUAGUUCAUGAUCAUUCGUUAGCUACACAUGUUAUAAAUUCACAUAUAAAGAAUCAUCCAGAUAGCUUAAUUAUAGCUGAAGAUCUAGAGGACUCGUUUUUACCAGAAGAACCUCCACAAACUUUAUCACAAGAUAAGCUCAAAAAGUACAUUCUUUAUGCCCGCCAAUAUGUGCAUCCUCAGCUAUCAGAUCUGGACCAAGAAAAAAUAGUCCGGUUUUAUUCAGAAUUAAGACAGGAAAGCCAAAAGUCUGGAGGAAUUGCAAUUACUGUCAGACAUAUAGAAAGUCUAUUGAGAAUCGCUGAGGCUAAUGCGAGAAUGCAUUUGAGAGACCAUGUGAGAGAAGAUGAUAUUGAUAUUGCAAUUAACAUGCUAUUAGAAAGCUUCUUACAGUCACAAAAACAUGCAGUUGCUAGACAGCUGGGAAGAAGGUUUAGCAAAUAUUUAAGAAGAAUAAAUGAAGAAGGAGACUUAUUGUUCCAUUUGCUUAAUAAGCUUUUCAGAGAUACUAUAAGAAUGCAGCAGUACCGUGUAAAUAUUGAUUUAUCGUUAGCUUUAAGUAUGGGAGACACACAAGCAAGAAAUGUUGUAGUACCUCUUGAUCAGUUUGAAAAUGAAGCAAGAGAGUAUGGAAUUCAUGACCUUUCAGGGUUUAUAACUCCUUUAUCAAAUAUUUACAAUUUAUAGGCUUUAUGCAUAAUUUUUAAAUAGAAUUUUUGAUAUAUUUGCUGCCAUUUUUCAAUAAAAAAAUUAUUUUUAAAAUCAAGAGGAUAAGCACCAAAAUUUUCCGGGACAAUUUCAAUAUUCAAGGCAGACAAAUUUAUAAGAAGACUUUUUAA